GCUACCUGGACUUUCUACGUAGUUGGGAGCUCGCUACGGCUGCCUGGGCCCCUCCGGUGCUGCUUGGAGGCUGAGCCAGUGGGUCAAGGGGAGCCAUGGAAAAUAUCCCUACAGUGGGCUUGGGCACGUGGAAGGCCGUUCCAGGAGAAGUAGCUGAUGCUGUGAAGGUGGCUAUCAACUUGGGGUACCGACACUUUGACUGUGCUUACUUAUACGGCAAUGAGGCUGAAGUUGGAAUGGGAAUCAACUCCAAGAUCAAGGAGGGUGUGGUGAAAAGAGAGGAUCUGUUUGUUGUCAGUAAGCUGUGGUGUACCUACCACAAGAAGUCGUUAGUGAAAACGGCAUGCACCAAUACCCUGAAGGCCUUAAACAUGGAUUACCUGGACCUCUACCUCAUACACUGGCCCAUGGGUUUCCAGCCUGGAAAAAAAGAUGUACCUUUGGAUGGCUUUGGAAUGGUCAUACCCAGUAACACCAGCUUUCUGGACACAUGGGAGGCCAUGGAGGACCUGGUGACUGAGGGACUGGUGAAGAACCUUGGGGUGUCAAACUUUAACCAUGAACAGCUUGAGAAACUUCUAAAUAAGCCUGGUUUGAGAUUCAGGCCAAUCACUAACCAGAUUGAAUGCCACCCAUAUCUUAACCAGAAGAAUCUGAUUGAUUUUUGCCAUAAAAGAAAUGUGUCUGUGACAGCUUACCGUCCUCUUGGAGGUUCAAGCAAUGGGGUUGACUUGUUGGAUGACAGUGUCGUUCGGAAGAUUGCAAAGAAGCAUGGGAAGUCUUCUGCUCAGCCAAACCAUAUACCCUGCCUUCUCAACUGUCAGCACUCAGGAUGCCCUCCAGUACCGCGUCCUCUGCCCCACCAAUGGCACAGACAACCAGUGAGAGAGAGAGCAGUCAUUAAAGUCAGCCUUAUCCAAUUGUUUUGUUUCUAUGUGAAACUUUCUUUCCUACAGAUUUUGAUCCGAUUUCAGAUCCAAAGGAAUGUGAUAGUGAUCCCGAAAUCUGUCACCCCAAGUCGAAUUAGGGAGAAUUUCCAGGUAUUUGAUUUUGAAUUAACAAAAAAAGAUAUGGAGGAACUCCUCAGCCUAGACAAGAACCUCCGGUUGGCCACAUUCCCCUCAACUGAAAACCACAAGGACUAUCCUUUCCACAUAGAGUACUGACGACGGCUUCACUCACCCUCCUGUGUUCUCAGGACACCAAGAUUGACAGCAUGGUUCCACCUCUACUAAGGAAUGACAACAGAGUUGGAAGCAAGGAAAACCCUGCCUAGAGCAGAGGACCAGUUCUUGAAGAAACAUAAAUACCUAGGGAUGGGAAAGUGAAGUGACAUGAGGGCCAUGACUUGAAUGAGUUGUUAGGCUGUUGCUGACCAGUGUAAUUUAUGUGGAUUAGUCCUUGUGGCUUCUAUUCUCUGAAAUGAGAUACUUAGGGCUCAUGAAUUAAAACUACCUUCAGCCUUGAAGAAAA